AUGCUUGUGAAUUUCAGCCUGCUAUUGGUCGCAUCGGCAUUGCCUUUCGGGUUAGCAUGGCCAACGUCUUGGAAAGGAAUCAAUAGCCCAACAGUCAAUAUACCCAGGCCAGAUGCGACCGUGAUCGGCGCUUCGGCAAAUAAUGUCGACAGCUUCAACGGCAUACCAUUCGCGGUCCCUCCGACGGGCUCUCUUAGACUAAGGCCGCCUCAACCAAUUCAAACAUCUCUGGGCACAAUCCAUGCAACGUCUCCUGCAAGAUCUUGCCCGCAAUUCCUUGAAAGCACAGCCACAGGGAAUCUCCCGAAUUCUGUUCUGGCAAAGGUGAACAACAUCCCGAUCUUUCAAGAGAUUGCCAACUCGGGCGAAGAUUGCCUCACUGUCAACGUUGUACGCCCGGCAGGAACCAAACCGGACGCAAAACUACCAGUCUUGGUCUGGAUCUACGGAGGAGGGUUCGAAACAGGAUCAACUGCAACUUACGAUGGCGCAAGCAUCGUAUCCUCCUCUGUAUCACUGGGCAUGCCCGUUGUUUAUGUCGCCAUGAAUUAUCGCCUCGGCGGAUUCGGGUUCUUGCCAGGAGCCGAGGUAGUGAAAGAUGGCUCAGCCAAUCUUGGCCUGCUAGAUCAACGUCUGGCUUUGAAAUGGGUUGCGGAUAACAUCGAAUCCUUCGGAGGCGAUCCCGAAAAAGUCACUAUCUGGGGCGAGUCGGCUGGGGCUGUAUCCGUGUUCGAUCAAAUGGCACUCUUUGAUGGCGACAACACUUAUAAUGGUGCGCCGCUAUUUCGCGGUGCGAUCAUGAACUCUGGCAGCAUUGCACCUGCAAACCCUGUUGAUGGUGUCAAGGGUCAGACCGUCUAUGACACUGUGGUCAGGAACAGCGAGUGCAAGAACGCAGUUGAUACUCUCUCCUGUCUGCGUGGGCUAGACUACACCAAGUUUUUGAACGCGGCAAACUCGGUUCCCGGCAUCCUCGGAUAUCACUCGGUGGCCGAAUCAUACUUACCACGUCCUGAUGGGACAGUUCUAACUGCAUCGCCUGAGCAACUGGUUAUUAAUGGCAAAUAUGCAGCAGUUCCGUUCAUUGUUGGAGACCAGGAGGACGAAGGAACCAUAUUUGCAUUGUACCAAAAGAACCUGACAACCACCAACGACAUAGUCGACUAUUUCCAGAACAUCUACUUUUUCGAUGCGUCUCGUCAACAGAUUUCCGAUCUAGUCGCGACCUACAAAGACGACAAGGAAGAUGGCUCACCUUUCCGCACCGGCGAUGAGAACAAUUGGUAUCCGCAGUUCAAACGUCUCUCUGCUCUACUAGGCGAUCUCUCCUUCACCUUGACUAGACGAGCCUUCCUGAACUCUGCACACAAGGCGAAGCCCGACGUGAAGUUCUGGUCAUAUCUUUCAUCUUACGGUCAUCAUCUACCAUUCCUCGGGACUUUCCACGGAUCAGAUAUCUUGCAAUUUUUCUACGGAAUCCAGUCAAACUAUGCCUCAAAGGCAAUGCAUACGCACUACUUGUCUUUUGUCUACGAUCAAGAUCCGAAUUCCAGAGCUGGAGGCUAUCUGAUUUGGCCGGAGUGGAGUGGCAAUCAUUCACUCAUGCAAUUCUUUGAUGAUCACAGCGCUUUGCUGGCGGACAACUUCCGUCAGGAUAGUUACGAGCUUAUGACGAAAGAUUAUGCGUCUUUCCACAUCUGA